AUGGACAAAAGACGGCAUGACAGUCAACAUCUCAACCACGAAUGUCACAGACGGCUCGCUAGUAGUCGAUUCGGAAAAUGACGUCGGGAAGUACACUUGCUUCGCCUCCAAUGAGUUUGGCACGGUCGUGGCCAGUACCAUCCAAGUAGAGUUCGCCUUUUUGAACCAGUUCAAUCAGACCCAAAUUGACGGCAGUACGUUUUACGUGAACGAGAGCGACUGGCUGAUUCUGCCGUGCCGGGCACCAGCGGGACACCCGGCCCCCGUGAUCUCUUGGACCCGCAACGGGUACCCACUCUUCGCCAACGGCUCAUCCUGGGAUCCGGAUCACGGACUGGCCCAAGACGGUGCCGGGAACCUGGUGUUCCUGAGAGCUUCCUUGGCCAACAACGGAACUUACAGGUGCAUUGUGCAGUCAACGGUCACGAAGAAAUCUAUAUUCUCCGAGGAAAAGACAGUUGUCGUUAGAAAGGUCGAUGCUACCCCCUGGAAACCGCCACAGAUCCUCGAAAGCGUCCGAGUCGUCAAAGCGUCCCUCGGAGAAGACGUGAAGAUCUACUGUCUGGCCAUUGGAAAUCCAGCACCAAAUGUUAGCUGGACUAGGUCUGACGACCCAUCGUUCCACGCCGAGGGCCCCGUGCUCACCCUGCACAGCGUGCAGAUGAGGGAUGAGGGCACAUACACCUGCACGGCUUCGUCGACAAACAUGGCCGACCAGACCACAUCCUUGCGUGUCGAAGCCGCACCUUACUGGAUUGAGAAGCCCAGGGACACAACUAUCCGUAAAGGCGAGACUGCCGAAAUGUCAUGCAUAGCGGGCGGCAAGCCGACCCCCAACAUCACUUGGAUGGAGAAUGGGGAAUCCAUGCCACAGUAUGAUGGCUUGUCUUCCAUCGUUGUGGAGGACAUGAAAGUGUACCAGUGCGUGGCAACCAAUGACCAUGGCCAAAUCAUCGCCAAUGCCAUCUUGAAUGUGACAGGUCCGCGACGGCCCGCCCCGUCUGGAGUCAUAGCUACCGUCAAAAGUAGAGAAUCUGCCCUCAUCUCUUGGCAGCCAAUCAACGACACUCACCUUGUCAGAUAUAAGAUCUUCUACAAACGUAAAGAUCGAAAGAAAUGGAAAUCGAAGGACUGCGGUCGGCGAACCCAGUGCACGCUUCAGGGUCUCAAAAAGGAUGGCAAGUUUGACUUCUACGUCGUCGCCGAGUAUGACAACGGUGAUAAAGAGGGAUCCAGGGAAUUCUCUUUCAAUUUACAGCCAAAAGAUCUCCACCGUUUUGAGCCACCAGUGCUCUUUUCGAUGUUCAACACUGCGUUUUACUGUGUCAUUGUAUUGGCCGUGUCUACACCAAUCAUCAUGUGUGUCAUACUCUGCAUUCGAGACCAAAUAAAUGGAUACGAUCCUGAAUCGCCCACACCAUCGGACGCCUUUGCCCCAGCGAAGCCCAACCCGGACCCACCAGAAGUCAAGGUGGAAACAGUGCCUCGUCAGGACGGUGCUGGGCCAUCACAGCCGCAUGCCAAAUAUGGCAAGGGGACAACCUCCGUGGCCAAAUGAGUGAAGUGAAUCCCCCCACCCCACCCGCCCGCACAUAGCAGGAGAUAGUGUCGUCGGUCACACUACUUUAAAUGCUGGGAAAAAUUGAAUGUGCACAGACAGAAAUUUGAUUCACAAGCAUUCGGCAAUGAAGUCUUUUCCGGUUGUAUGCUGCGAAAGUAAUGUGCUUCUCCUUCGGGUUCUGUUUUGAGUUGAACGCUCAGAUUAAGCAAGUGUAAAUUGCUGGGUUUUUUUCUAUCGUCUGCAGUCUUUGGAAUUUGUCAUAUAUGAUGUCAAAUUAAAUGUUUCUUUUGUCGAUUUACUCAUUACAUGUUGGCACAAGGGGGUCCAAUAUUAGUUUUGGCGAAGGCGCGCGCCGUGCUCAUUGUAUGUUCGCGCAGGUAAAAAGUAUCUAUGCUGCAUACGUGUAUCAGGUAAUUUCUUUGCAACGCACUGUACUAGGAUAACUUAUAUGCAAAUUUGAGUAGUAUUCAUGAGGUUAUCAUGUGCUAAGCAGUAUAUUCUAGGUAUAAUUUACAUGCAACGGUAAAUCUGCAACACAGUGCGUAUCAGGUGGCCUUUCCUGAAGACCUUUCCGAUAUUGCCUUGUCCAGUCGUAGGUUUGGACGACCAUCCAGUGGAUGGCACACUGUGAUAGGCCGUCAGUGCAAAAACAAUAAUUGGCAAAGCUUACCCCAACAAUUUAUGAACGUGUAUAUACAAAAGUCACAACAACAUUGUGUUUAUACUUCUGCUGAAUGCUAAAUGAAUAUAUACGUCCUCCUUUUCAUUAAGAGUAUUCUUUUUGCUAAGGUUGACCUUCCAUUUUAUACUGACCUCUCGUUCAAAAAGGGCGAUCAGUGCUCGUUGGAGCAAAGAAAGGUUCAUGAACUGGACACGUGACCGUUCAAGACUACUUCCACAGUUCAGCUCACAGUGGCCUGGAGGGUUUUCAGUGGUUAUAGUUUCGUUUAAUUAAAAAUGAAACAAAUUGUCCUUCCCUGUCGCUGUGUGCUUCUGCAAUGUGGUAAUUUACACAUAUAGAUUUAGCGUGCAUCAGGCAGACAAGCAUCUCGUAUUGUAGAUAUUGUAGGUCGUAGAGUCGGCCUACAUUUUUGGAUAUUCUGUAGUAUAAUGCCUCAAUGUUUGAGGUACAUGUACGUGCAUGUACAUGUUCUUGUAUCUUGUAGUCGUGGUGGGCCGGGCCAUGCAAUCUUGGGUCUAGAUUGUCUUGAACUGAGGUAGUACUCGGUCGAUAUGUGGGGUUUUGUAACAAUGCGCUUAGUGCGCACUGUUCGUCCGUUUACAUUUUGAAUUAAUCACUAUUUACCACCUUGAAAGGUACGUACUUUUGUAACAGCUGAUUUGCUACUUUUUUAUUUAACGAGAACACAAGGUGUUGUGGGUAGCUAUCCAAAGACAAUGGACAAAUUUGCUCGUCACCCCCCUCCCAGGCACUGGGGUAGACUUAUUAGCUUAGUAUGCAUGAAUUAGGCUUCGAGCCCUCAGAUAGAAUUUGUUUAAACAAUGCAACGCAUGUGCAUUACUGACAACUUUUGCUUUGAUCAAGCAGCAAGCGAUCAACCCACUAUGUUAAUUGCAGGGGUGUAGCCUGGUUUGGCCCCUGGGCGCGAUUUUCCAGACAGCCAGUGAAACUCUAACUUCCAGCAUUAAUUUAAACGCGGAAUGCAAGUGCGCACAUGUAAAGCAGAUUGCUACCCUCCCCUCAAUAAACUCUUCUUCAUUUUGGCACGAAUCAGAGCUUGCCAAUGACCGUCGCAUUAAUUCGAUUGUUCUUCGUGUAUAUUAGAUUUUUGGAAGUGAUGGGUCCAUUUUUGGCACGAUAUUUCUCUUUUAGGUCUA